AUGAUUAGUCAUAAGUUUCUCUUGUUCGUAACUCUAGCGUUCUGUUUAGAAACAUUAAGUGUAUAUGCGGAUAUUGACGCCAUGACGGCAGCCAUAAACCAAAUGUCGCAAGAAUGUGGCAAAGAGUUAGGUAUCGACCCCGAAAAAGUUAAGGAAUUCAAAUGGGAUGUGGAUUAUGAGCCUUGCUUCUUAAAUUGCUUUUAUACAAAAUAUGGGAUGUUGAACAAAGGAAUUUUUGAUAAAGAGAAGGCUAUGGAUUAUGCAAAACUUUACGUAACUGAUGAAACAGUUUUGGCGCAAAUAAAGGAAAAGAAUGAGGAUUGCACUAAAGUUAACGAUAUAGACAUCGGCGAUGGAGACACGAGUUGUAAGAGAGCAGCUUUGCUUUAUAAGUGUAUAAGCUCUCAUGAGGGUGUAAUAUAG